AUACGACCUCGGCGUCAGCGAAAACGCGUAACGGACGCUGCCGUCAGGUGAGCCAGUGCCACACGUCAGCUCGCUGACUCUUUGUACACGCAGACGAUGCGCGUAGUUGUUUAGUGUUCUUCGAAAGCCAUUUUUUUUUGCUUAACCUGGUCAUCAGUCUCUCAGGACCGCUGACAGGCGGGACACCAAGCCACUAACACUCACUAGAAGAAGUGGGUUCCAUUUUGCCUUUGAGAAGCUCAGAAGAAGAAACGGGAAAAAGAAGACUUCAAACAGGAUGCGCCACCAUCCACUGUGCAGUUGAAAGAAGCAGCCGCCGCCGAACCUUCAUGUGCGCCAGCUGACGCGAGACCUGUGUCCUCGGCGAGCCCCAAGGGUCUGAAGGCAGCGACGUCCACACGUCCUCCCGGGAAGCGAAAGCUCGAGCAACGUUCAACCUCAAAAGGAGCUGACAUCCUCAAAGCCCUUGCGCCGUUGAAACCCACUCCGGAGGAGGAAGCCGCUGGGAAGUUCUCUGUCAAGGGCAUGAAAGCGUUGCUGGACGUUCGCGCGGAGCCACCCUCCUCAUUGGAGGCCACGUACAAAACGUUGGCCGUCUCUUGGCUCGACAACGAAACCAAACAAGUUGCCGUGGAGAAGUUGGCGAACGUGCACACUGUGUUGUGGCCUUCCAAGCAGUUCUUCACGGCGGAGGCACUCCGCAAGGUUUACGCAAACUUCACCUACAACGCUUCGUCCUUCGCCGAGUACUGGAUCGAGACGCGUCGCAGCCAGCGCCUGAUGUUCGGCUCCGAGGCGGCCGAAGAGGAGCAGCUCCUAGGCGACAGCACCCAGCUGCCGUACGCGGAAUACGAACACGUGCUGAACCGCCUCUCUCUCUCAUUCGGAGCGCUGGCACCUCCGCUCUACUACAAGAAUGGCACCAAUGCCAUGUUGCAUGGCGGCCUGCUGUACUUUUACGCUCGUGCGCUGAUCCCUGCCAUCGACAACGAGGGAGUCAAGAUCGACCCGCAAGGCAAUAUCGUGUCGUCUUGGUUGAGUCACAACACUCAGGACAUUUUCGAGCAGCGAACGCUACGCUGCCUACCCGGAAACACCAGCAUCUUCCCGGAAGUUCCGGCAAUGGAGGUGGCCUAUGGAGCAUUCAAGCGACACCACCUCGAGAAUAAUAGCCCGCUAUCUGAGGAAAUGACCGAGGAGAAGGUGUUCUUCAUAACUGCCUGCCUCGCCAGUUGCGCUACGACACCUGCCGACAAUCUCUAUGGUGGUGACUGCAAUAAGGCUGUGAUGAACUUCGAGCCAUUCGCCAAAGCCUUCAAUUGCCCCGCCGGUUCCAAGAUGAAUCCUGCGUCAAAGUGCACUUUUUACGAUUGACGUGGUCCGUCCUGCUUGAUUGCACAACUCUUUCUUAAGUAAUGCUAUCUUUCAUUGCUGCGUGCGCGUGUACGUGUGUGCCUGUGAUACAAAGCUGUUUUAUCACUGACCUGUUACCGGCAUUUCAUUUCGCCAUGAUUUACACUGCGGGGCUGAACUCAUCGUGGACUGUUUCAUUCGCGAAUUGUGCCUUGUUUCCCCGCAUUCACGGCAGUGCUGGACUGUUUUCUUUUGAACUAUGUGGUUUUCAUUUCGUCACAAUUUCGAACAUUUUCAGCACCAAUUAUUCCGUAUUGCUUUGCACUUUGGCAUCGCUAAUCGUAGUAAUGUGCCGCAUUGCGCUUUCGUAUGCGAGCAGCCUAUGGUUGCUGUAACAAAGCAAGAGUAAUCUGCCUUUUACAGAAAGUGCCACAGUCUCGUCUUACCUUUCAGAUUUUCUGACGCUGUACGUUUUCGCCAUGUUAUCUUCCAUAGUCGGCGGCUAUGUAAGCCCACAUCUAACCUCGACGGAAUUUUUCAUUCAACACCAUGGUUGCUUCGUUAUUUGAGCGCUACGGUUAACGUUAUGGGAUCAUUCGUGCCGUGUCAUUUUGUGCGCAUUCGCUUUUCAGCAAGAACUCAUUGAAGCUUCUGUGGCACUACUAGAGUGGACACAUCACAGCAUGAGGGCAACCACGCUCCUGUUGACUUUUGAAAGCAGCGUUGCCCUUGAUCAAUGUCCUACUGUCGAGUACGAAUUUGUGUUUUGGAUAUGGAAAAUCAAAGAAAUGGAUCUAAUGUCAGCAUUGAGGAGGAUGUCUAGAAAUGAGAAGCUUAUUUCUAAUUUUUUUCUUGAAUACUCGAUGCCAUUACGAAUUUCCUAAAUCGGUAGCAAGCACUUGAAUCUAUGAAAAAAAGUAAUCUUUCGCCCGGAUGACUUUUGAAUUACGUUUUCAUCAGCGACCGUUCAAGUCAAGUGCAGAUUUAUUCCUAGCGGGAAAAAACGUUACCCGAAAGCAAAGGUGAAAAGACAGAGCUAUCCAGUAGCACUUUAUGCUGUCCCAAUUUAUCCAAUGAUCAUCUUCAGACAGCUGCUUCGGAAUGGUCGCAGCAAAAGAAACAUCAGCAACAGCCUGUCUUUAGUUGAAGUAAGCUUAAUUCAUGGUGAAAGGGUAAAAAUUUGCAACGAGCGUUAAAAAUUAUGGCAUGGAGUUAGCACACUGUUUUUUUUUAAAUGUUGGCACUACAAGCCCCAGUUCUUAUUUUUUGGUCGCGGCUUAGUGGUGAAGUAUUCUGUGUUAGCAUAAUAAAAAGUUUUAUUAAGAAGA